UUUUUUGCAGACUUGUGGAUUCGACGAAAACCAGCCAUGACACCUAUGAUAUUCUGGCAGUUGUAGCACAGAACGUUUGCACUUGCUGCAAAGAGCGCAUUGCACUUGAAAGUCACCACGAAGCAAACUUGAGGACAGUACUUAGACGUCUACUUGAAGGCUGCAAACGGGCCUAUACAAAAACAUCCACAACGGCGGCUCUCGAAUUUGCGGGACCUAAAUUCGAAGACCACUUGUCUCAAUGUCUCGGAGGCCGUCUUCAACGAGGCAUAAAAAGAGACAAACGCUGGCUCAGCGGUAGCGCUGUUUCCGCCGGGAUAUUCGAUAUCGCUUCGUCCUCGGCCGUCCAACACGAGAAUGAGACGACGGCGGAAAACGAUACCACAGAAGACGCCGUGCUAGGUCCUCAGUAUGCGAGCACCCUGAGAAUCGCCGUCAUCGGCGCCAUGCUCGUACUGUCUCUCGUCGGCAAUUCGUUCGUCUGCUACCGGCUUCUGACGUCCCGACGCCGGCGGUUGAUCAAGACGCAAGUCCUGUUUCUCAACUUGACCUUUGCCGACCUUUUGGUCACUCUGAUCACAAUGAACUCGCAGCUCCUCUGGGAGAUUGUGGGACGCGUGUGGGUCGCCGGCGAGAUUCCUUGCCGCAUGUUCAAGGUGCUGCAGACGUACGCGCUCGUCUCGUCCACCUACAUGCUGGUGGGCAUCGCCGUAGAUCGCCACUUCGCCAUCUGCAGUCCAUUGACGCCGGCACCCAAACCUCGGCUGGUGGCCGCAACCUGUUGGCUGCUCUCUCUAAUACCAUCCGUGCCGAACCUGUUCGCGUUCCGUCUCGUCGCAGUUCGGGGCAAACACUACUGCGCCUCGAUCUUCUACGUGUACCGGGACUACAACGCUGUGCGGCAGAUCUACAUGGCCUUCGUCUUCACUCUCGUGUUUGUCCUGCCACUGGUUGCACUGGUCGGCCUUUACGCGAGUGUGCUAUUUCGCUUGUGGAAAGUGGCCGCCAUGACCCCGCCGCCAUCGCUGCGCGCUCAGCACGUCGCUAGUUCUCCUGGCUGCCACCCAGACCGCAGCACGCUGCCUAAAGCGCGCGUGCGGACGCUGAAGAUGGCGGCCAUCAUAUCCUUGGCCUUCUUGGUGACGAAUCUUCCGUACAUGGUGCAAGAGAUGCUGCUGGCCUUCGCUCCCCACGUGUCGCUCGGACCGCACGCGACUGCGGUGUUCGGCGUCAUCUCGGCCUCCAACAGCGCCCUCAACCCGUACAUCUACUUGGCGUUCAACGGAGGCUCGGGAUCCACCGUGCGUGGAGCGCGCGGCGUCUGGCGUCACCUGACGCGUUCCUCGGCUUCCAAGAGAGGCACCGCCUCGUUUCGCACGCAGUGGAGCCCGCUCAGGGCACCCGAUCCCAAGAGAGCACCGGCGAUGCCAGAGCUGCCUCUUGCACACGAUGCUGAACACGACGAAAUAGAGGACGAAGCGGGAUAGAAGGUUUAAUAGAAGUUGUCAUUGAGAAGGACCGUGCUGGAACUGACAUUAGAUAGACAGGUGACGAUAACGAUGACGACAAUAAUUAUCCUAGUACGUAUAUCACAUGUUUCACGUUAUGUAGCAGAUUGUUGACGAUGUGUUAUUCAUCUCAGCUUUCUGUUAUGUUGCUGGCUUAGCAGCUGAUGCUUGAGCGAUAAUAAUAAAUACUGAUUUUUGUGGUGUA